AUGAUUGCAGGGAGAGCAGUUGCCAUCAAGGCUCCGAGACCAGGUGUUGAAGUGUUUGCUGCUGAGCCCCGCCGUGACUGUUACCCGCCCGAGGUAAGAGGGGAACUGACCCUCAACCUACAAACUCCAGCCACCAUCACACAUGCAGCCAAAUCCAGCAUUAGAGAAAACGCGUGGCCCAACAGGGAUCUGGUUGAUGAUGUCCUCACUGUCUCAGAGGAAAAAAUCAAGCUGGAGAGGGCUGGCGGAAGCUCUGCUCUCCCUUCCCGAAGCGCUGCGGAGGCAGAUGCACGCCCGGUGCCCUCCGCAGCCCCGGAGCAGCACGUACCGGCUGCUGGGACAGCUGCUGCUCUCCCAGCAGCGAGCCACGAGGCUGGUGUGGGAAAAGGACGAAGCUGCUGAGCCAAGAGCAGGUGGGGGAGGCGUGGCUGCGCUCUCAGAGCGGUUCCAGGCAGUCCCCCGGGGCGUGGAGAACGUUUGCAUCGUGCUGUGCGGGGGAAACGUGGACCUGAGCUCCCCGGGGAAGUGAAAUGA